AUGGCCAAGAUCAUUCAGAUGGCGGUGAUGCUGGGCAGCUCCAAGCUGGGCCACGGCGCCUUUGGAUUCGAUGAAAGGCAAGCGGACUCGACGCCAGUGCCGCAGAUGAAACGGGAACUGCCCACGCGAAAGAUGUGCCUGGAGGCAUUCAAGCGAACCCACUACGACAUCCUCAUCAUUGGCGGCGGCGCCGUGGGCUCCGGCUGUGCCCUGGACGCUGCCACGCGGGGCUUGAAGACCGCCCUGGUGGAAGCGAAUGACUUUGGCAGCGGCACUUCCUCCAAAUCGAGCAAGCUGUUGCACGGCGGCCUCAGGGAUCUGGAGCAGGCCAUCUCGCGUCUGGACGUGGCUGCCUUUCGGCGGGUUCGCUGCUCCUUGCAGGAGCGCAGCCACAUUGGCAAGCUGGCGCCGCAUCUCAGCCAGCCGGUACCCAUCCUGCUGCCCGUCCACCACUGGUGGCAGGCUCCGCUCUACUACAUGAAGCUAAAGAUUUACCACCUGAUGGCGCCCAAGGCCACCAGGAGUUUUCAGUAUCUGAGUGCCGACGACGCAUUGGAAGUAUUUCCGAUGCUGCGACGCCAGGAGCUGUUUGGCGCCUUCGUCUUCUACGAGGGCCAGCACGACGAUGCCAGGAUGUGCCUUUCGGUGGCUCUUACAGCGGCUCGUUACGGAGCAGAUAUCUGCAACCACAUGAAGGUCUCGCGACUCAUCAAGAACAAGGAUGGCAAUGUGGCGGGCGCGGAGGCGGUGGACCAGCUCACGGGCAAGAAGUACAGCAUACGGGCGAAGGUGGUGGUCAACGCCACUGGCCACAUGAGCGACAGCCUCCGCAAGAUGGAAGACUCGGAAGCCAAGCCGCUGUGCACGCGCAGCUGGUCCUCGAUCAUCGUCAUGCCCCGCUUCUACUGCCCGGAGGAGGUGGGCGUCUUCGACCCGCACACGCCCACUGGCCGAUCCAUCUUUUUCCUGCCCUGGCAGGGCCAUACACUAGUCGGGUCCAGCGAUGAGCCUCUCAAUCUGCCCGAGCAGGACACGCAGCCCACGGAGACGGAUGUGCAGUCCCUACUGGAUUGCGUUAAGCACUUUGUAACGCCCAACUUCGAUGUGCGAAGAUGCGAUGUGCUGGCCGUUUGGGGUGGCUACAAACCUCUGCCCGUGCAGUCCGAUACCCUGCACCACACUCGUUUCAAGAACCAUGUAAUCCAGCUGGGACCUCGAAACAUGCUUUCCAUCGUUGGUGGCACGUGGUCCUCGUUUCGGGUUCUGGCUGAGAAGACCGUGAAUGCCGCCAUCCGGUAUGGAGAUCUUUCACCGCUGCGUAAGGAAUCGGUGACCGCAGAGUCCUGCAAACUGGACGGAGCCAGUGGCUGGAGUCCGAAGAUGUUCAUCCGGCUGGUUCAGGACUUUGGAAUGGAGCGUGACGUGGCUGAGCAUCUAUCGAACACGUACGGAUCGAAUGCCUUCAAAGUAGCCGUCAGUGCGGACAGCAGUGGAAAGGCAUGGCCCAUUGUGGGCAAGCGACUUCACUCGGAGUUCCCGUACAUUGAGGCGGAGGUAAAGCAGGGCGUUCGCGACUUCGCUUGCACGCUGGAGGACAUGGUGGCUCGGCGACUGCGAGUGGCCUUUCUAAAUGUGCAGGUGGCCGAGGAGAUACUGCCGCAAGUGGCCAACAUCAUGGCCAAGGAGCUGAACUGGUCGCGAGAUCAAAUUAAAAAGCAGAUCCGCCAGACGCGCACCUUUCUUAACUCCCAGAUGGGCCAGCUGACCAAGGAGAGCGCCUCGCAGAUGAACAUUCCCAUCAAGAUGAGCGUGCGCCAAGUGCGCAAGUUUGCCGGGCAGUUCAGGCAAAUGGAUGAGAACAAUACGGGGUACGUGUCGAUUGCGGACUGCUGCAGGGCCAUGAAAACGAUGGGCGUGAAGGAGGUGCCCGUCGACCUGAUGCACGAUGUCCUGCGGGACAUUGAUGUCCAUGCCCAGGGCAAGGUGAACCUGUACGAGUUCCUCCUGCUCAUGUCGGCUAUUGUGCAGGGCAACACCGAGUACCUGCGGUACGCACGGCUGUAUCUGGACCACAAAAAGCAGAUGCAAGGCAGCAACUUUCCCGCCGUAAUGCAAAUGGAGCGGGCCGGGGGCGGUCUUUGAAAGUAUCAUUCGUUGCAACCAUUUCCUCUUUGGAAUACUGCAUCCGUUGACCAUUGUCUACGCAUUACACGUCGAAGCAAUUCCCUUCGGGGAUCGCUGCCUCAACUUUAAUUUA